AUGGAUAGAGAUCUUAUUAAAGGAAAUAAAAUAUGCUAUAAUUAUGAAAAAGAACGAUUAAGAUAAAUUCAUAAACACAAUCUAUAGAUAGCACAUCCUUUAAGUAUAUUACUUAAAAACAAUUAACAGUUAGAACUUAAAUGGAAAGGUUAUCAUAAAACUAAAAUAAGAAACUCUAAUUAUAAGAAGAGAGAUUUACUGAAAUUGAAAGGGAAAAUCGUAUCUUACUAGAGAAGAUUCAAAAUAUCAUGAGUACUAUUCCAAUCUAUGUCUAGAUAAUGAACGCAAAAGAGCCUCCUCCAAUUGGUAGAACAAUAAUAUGACAGCCUCUAAUUUUAAUUAAUCUUAAUCAGUCAAUAGGAAGUAAUCACUCAAUAAGGAGAAGAGGAAAAAAGAGUUGGUCAGAAUUACCAUCGAAAAUUAAAGAUUAAUGAAUAGACUGGUUACCAAAAAACCAAAUUACAAUACCAAAAUUAUUUUGAAGCAAACCUCAAAAUAAUAAUAGUUAGCUCAACAGAUAGCUGAAUACCCACUCAAAAGGUCUAGAAUCCAAAGUUCCAAUAGACAAAAGAGUGUAGAUCUCUCAAGUAUAUAUCAUCCAUCAUUAAAGAGAGUAGUUUUAUGGGUUUUUUGCCAACAUAGACAAAUUUUACUCCAAACAAUUAACAGUAGAGAAAAAUUGUGCUUUAUAAAUAAAAUAAAAAAAUAGACGAUAAAUUGUAUUACAUUGAAGUUUUCUAUGAAGAUGAGUAACAUAACAAUAUAUAUAUAUUAGUUUAUUUAAAAUUACAGUUGACGAUGAAUAAUCCCCAAACACGAAGGUUUUUGAAAUGCCUUAAGAAGAUGGCUAAAUGGUUUUGAGGGAGAUAUAUAAUAAUAAUAUAUUACAGUUAGUAGAUGCUAUAAGUGUUGACAACAACAUUCAUUUAGCAGGAUUGGAAUAAUUUGAACAAUCUUAAUAAUGA